ACCAUGGCAAGACAUCAUGCAGUGCUGCGAGCAAUCUUAUGGCGUCAAAAUCCCAUUUUUAUCUAAAUACUUUCUUCUUUCUUUUAUUAUCUAUCUUUUGUUUAAAGUCAUCUUCGUGGAGUUUAUUAGACACAGAAAGAGACUACAGCAGGUGGGUGUCAUGGAAUGGUAAUAAUCACCAAAAGAGGGCCAUGUUGAUGGCAAAAUCUACCGUUCAGACCCCAGGCGCUGAUGGAAAAUUAGUUCUCGACGGCAAGCUAAGGCAAGCUGAGAUGAACAGUGUCAGGGUGACUGUAAGCCAAGAUGGGAAUGGAGAAUUUAAGACCAUAAAAGAAGCUAUCAAUAGCAUUCCACCAUACAACACCAGAAGGGUUAUAAUUGCAAUCAAACCUGGUGUGUAUAGGGAAAAGAUUUUUAUCCCUAGAACGUUUCCCUUUGUUACAUUUCUAGGCGACUCGAGUGAGCCACCAACUAUUACUGGCAAUGACACUGCCUCGGUUUCAGGAAAAGAUGGGAAGCCAUUGAGAACAUAUCAAAGUGCAACUGUUGCCGUAGAUGCAAAUUAUUUUGUUGCCAUCAGCAUGAAAUUUGAGAACACAGCUCCACAUGUGAUUGGAACCAAACAAGAGCAAGCCGUAGCACUUCGUAUAUCAGGGACCAAGGCGGCAUUUUAUAACUGUAGCUUUUUUGGAGAUCAAGACACUCUAUAUGACCACAAGGGUCUUCACUAUUUCAAUAAUUGCUUCAUUCAAGGCUCGGUUGAUUUUAUUUUCGGCUCUGGCAGGUCCUUUUACGAGAAUUGCCAUUUGAAUUCCGUUGCCAAGAAAGUGGCAUCCCUGACUGCUCAAAAGCGUAGCAAUUCGUCAUUGGCAAGUGGGUUUUCCUUCAAGGAUUCUACAAUAACUGGGAGUGGUUUGAUUUACCUCGGCAGAGCUUGGGGUGAUUAUUCCAGAGUUAUUUUCUCUUACACUUUCAUGGACAAAAUAAUUCUUCCUCAAGGCUGGAACGACUGGGGAGACCAGAGACGCGAUUCGAGAGUGUAUUAUGGAGAAUACAAGUGUACUGGACCCGGAGCCAACCUGACCGGACGCGUGGCAUGGGCUCGUGUUUUGACAGAUGAAGAGGCCCGGCCUUUUAUCGGAACUUACUAUGUCGAAGGGGAUACCUGGCUCAUUAGCCCUUAAAAUUUGAGUUCUCCUGCCUUUAAGUCACUCAUGCAUCCAAAUCCUCUUCGCGAGUAAUGUUCGAUGGUGCUGCUCUUCGCGAAGGCCAAUCAAGAUGAAAAAUUAAAUCUCUCUGCCUUUCCUUUUCUCAAAAUAAAUUCAAGUGGAUAGUUAAGAUCUUGAUUGAACUGGUGUGUGUUUUAAGCACUUUCAUUCAUGUAUGUUAAUGAAAGUUACCUUGUAUUGUUGUUACGAGGAGCAGCGAGGGGAAAUUAGAAAAUAAUAUGAUUUAUUCUUAAUUAAAAAGAUUUAACAAA